AAAACAGAUGUGGAAAUAUCUUCGUAUCCCAAAUAUCAUGUGGCAAUAAGCCCCGAUGGUAAACAUGUUGUCACUUUUGAUACUGAUACACUUGAAUUGAGUACAUGCAUGAUUGACAGUUUAGAUCAAGCUAAAACCAUAAAAUAUGACGCAUUAUCAGUUGACACAACAUUAAAAUUGGUUUGGUCGUUAGCGGUCUCUAAUUCAAUAGAUACUCAUGAAACAGAAAUAUUAAUAGCAUUAUCAUGUUUCGAUGAACAUACAAUGAUGUUGAAUCAGAAUAAUAAUAACAUUGAAGAAGGUCAAGGAAGUUAUGAUAAUAGAUAUCAAAGAAUAAUAACAAAUGACGAGGAAAAUUGUUAUAGCAAGAAAAACUAUUCAGAAACUUGGAUAUUUUCUACUAGACAUACAAAGAGAAUUACGACAACAAUUGAUGAAAUUGGUGGGCUAGUAAAAUUUUUAAAUAAUGAUGGUAAAACAACAGCAGAUGAUAACAAUCAUGCAAGCGUUAUUGUUUUGAAUGCUACAGGAAUUUAUAAAACUACUUUUAAUGUUUCUACAACGGAAAAUGAAUUGAAAAAUAAUGGAAUGAUGGCAAAAAUAAUUAAUUCAAUAGACGAUAUCAAUAAUAUGUUGUCUUUAUUUUUUAAUGAUUUAACAGCAACACCUCUUGAAGAGUUCUCUUAUCCACCAAAGAUUCAAAUGGAAUUGAAAAAAUUAUACCAGAACAUUUCUUGUCUGGAACUAUUAUCGCGUAGUAUUGAGAAUGAUUAUUUUUUGGUGGAGGAUUAUAAAAAUAGAAUACAAGUUGUAGAAAUGUACAACUUAAAUACCAGUAAGUUGGAUAUGAUCUUCCAUCAACAUGAAGAUAUUGUCAAUACUUCAGUUGGUCAUGGUAGUCCUGCCGUUUCCAUAUCCACCCAUAAAACAUUACUGGCUUACUGUAGAGGUUCAAACUUUAUGUCUAUUUAUUUGAUGGAGAACAGUUUGGAGAUCGCUAGUCGUCAAUUCAAUCAUCUCGAAAAAAUCCUGUCAAUAGAUUUUGUUAAUGAUGAUGAGUCUUUAUUGAUAAUCGCUGUUGAAAAAGAAAGAUCAACCCCAGUGAUUAUUGUAUGGGACCUUUUCACUUAUUUUAACGAUUCUAUACGGAUAUUGAAGGAUUCAAGUCAAGUUUUUCCUAGCUCGGGUCAUCGCUUAGUUAGAUCAUCCGGUAAAAUUUUAUUGAUUGAUGAAAUGGGUAAACUUAAAUCUAUUCUAAAAGAUGAGUCCCUAAAAUACUUAUUAAAACCAAAUAGAACAUCUAAUGAAUUGAUAGAAUUGCCAUUACAAGAACUUUAUGAAUCUGAAUGGGACCAGGCUGUAGCUCAUACCGUAUUUGAUCAGAGUAAUAAAUAUGAUGUAGACAACCUAAAAAUAAGAAGCAAUGUUAUAGCUCAUAAUAAAGAACCUUGGAAUCAUAAUAGAAAUUAUAAUCGUAUAUCAGCAUUUUUAAAUAAAGAAAAAACUUUACAAUUAUUUAUUGGCGAGUCUACAGUUCAAGUCUGGUAUAAGAAGAAGUUGAAAGGAGGUAAUGAUAGUUACGAUCCGAAAGAUUCAAAAUCAAUAUUGAAAUAUAUUUGGACAAAUCCAACCAAGGAAAAAGCUCAUUUAAAAUCUUUGAAAAUUGGCGAUAGAGAAUUUAUAGUUAGAUUUGAAUUUGGAUCAAAUCCACAUAGCAACGAAAAACCAAUAAAGAUUCAUUGGCCAUAUGACGUCAAUGCUAUCAAAGACGCAUGUUCAGCAUUGCAUUAUUUCUACACUAGAAGAGAUGACCCAGCUGGACCCAAAAAACAACAACAAUUUGAAGAUUUAAUAGCACAAACAGAAACAAUUGUCGUUAAAUUCAUAAAAAGAAACCCCUCAGUGUGGAAAAUGAUUGAUGUACGUUAUGAAGUUAUGGCCAAUCUAAUUUCGGGUAGACGUAUAUCAUUGAUACAAAAUAUCUUAAAGCCCGACAAAAUGAUUUUUAAAAAUCAAAAGGAUUUAAUAAUGUUUUUACACACUCCUAGAUUAUACGAAUGGCCUCGUAAACCGAAAGAAAGUGACUUGGAAGUUGCUAUUAAAUGUAGUGAAAAAAGACAUAAUAAAGAUUUGAUAAUUGUGUCAACCCUACUGGAUUAUUAUUCUGAGAAUGCUAUGGAUAAUACAGGAUGGAUGUUUUCUGUAAGCCGUGCAAUACCUUUAUUAUUGGAUCAUCAAACGUUCGUCAAAGAUUUAUUUUCUAAACCAUGUUUUGGAGCCAAAGAAAUACACGUAGAUGAAUCGUAUAUUAGUCCGGGAGAUUUGCCAAGAGGCAAAUCCAAAUAUGUUAGAGCUUUUGAUGCAAAGAUGGUAUUAAAACGUAAAAUAAAACCCGUGGAAGAAAACCGAUCUACAAAAAACAGCGGCCAUCAAUUAUCAGCAUUACAAAAAGUCAUACCAGGUUUAGAUCGUGCAAAUUCUUCGUCGUUGAUAGCUUUAAGGCUUGCGCCAUUACCUGACUUCACUGUUUACCCCGAAAAUGUUAAACCCCAAAAUGUUAAUUACAGGUUUCUACCAUUACAACUUUUAAAGAUAUUGAUAUGGCCGCCGAGAAAUCAUUUUAUCAGACAUUGUAUAUUAUAUUCUAGUUUUGCAUUAUUGUUUGGUGUAAUAACAGGGGCAGUUAAAAAUAAAUUUUUCACUCAACAUCAAAAAGAUUCGUCAGGAUAUGGAAUAGAAAUUCUAUCUUAUUUAUUAACAACUAUAUUCUAUUAUUUAGGAUAUUAUUUAUUGGCAAUUGAAUUAGUACAAUUUAGACAUGAGGGUUGGAGAAGAUAUUUUAGUGUUUAUAACUUUUUUGAUAUAGCAUCAGUUAUUAUGCCACUUGCAGCUUAUUCAGUGGGGUUGAUUAGAGCUAAAUAUGAUACAGAUGAUCCCAUUACAUCGGGGAGACAACUAACCAUCGCUAUAUCAUUUACAAUAUUGGUUAUGUGGUUUGAAUUGUUUUUGCUUUUAAGAUUUUUUUCAAUUACGGGAUAUUAUAUUUAUAUUAUAAUUAAUAUUGUGAGGAUUGUUUGGCCAUUUAUAGCAUUUAUGUGCAUAGUAGUAUUAGGAUUUGGUCAUGCAAUGUAUGUUUUACUACGUUAUCCGGACGAAAUAGGAGUAGCUCCCGAUGGGAAUCAAUACCAAUAUAUAGAUCCUGCCACGAAUGCUACAGUAUCUAUAGAUGCGUAUUAUCAAUUGGACAAUACUGAUGGUAGUGUUGAUUAUGGAUAUUCUUCUUAUCAUAAUAAUGAUGAUAGUAUUGAUGAUGGUAAUUUCAAUAGCAAUUUGGACAAUGAUAAUUUAAUAGUCAAAGAUAAAAUUCGAGAUGUUGGUUCUUCCAGUUCUAAAUCGAAUAUUCAACGACGAUCUUUAUUGCCAAUAGAAGACAGUAUAACAUCUAAUAAAGAUAAGGAGAAUACUAUUAGUAGUAAUGAUGAUUUUGUAGAAGUGAAUUCCAUUCAAAAAGACAUUUUAGCAUUAAAUAAUAAUAUAAAAUCCAUUGAAAAUAAUUUUGAUAAUAGGAUGAAAACAAUGGAAAAAAGAAUUGAUCUGAUACUAGAUUUCAUGGCAAGGCUUGACG